CAUGAUUGGUAGUUUGCUUUACUUGACUGCCAGUAGACCUAACAUGUGUUUCAGUGUAGGGAUGUGUGCUCGGUACCAAGCUAAUCCUAAAGAAUCGCACUUGAAGGCGGUGAAGCACAUCAUCAAGUAUGUGCAUGGUACAUCUGACUUGGGUAUUCUGUACUCACGAGACACAUCUUCUAGUCUUGCAGGUUAUAGUUAUGUAGAUUGGGCUGGGAACGUCGAUGAUCGACGUACCAUCUCUGGUGGUUGUUUCUACAUUGGCAAUAAUCUCAUCUCCUGGCUUAGUAAGAAGCAAAAUUGC